AGUCUUCACAGCAUAACUGCAUCCACAAUCGACUGCUGUAGCUUGGCUGUAGGUUUCUGUUUAUGCUGUGUUGUUGUGUAGCUAUCCAUGAUAUCAAAUCAUGCCCCGUGAGACAGAUGUUAAAAUAAUGUUUCUACCGUGAAUACAGACAUUUAAAGUCAUCCUGUUAAACCACUGUACAGACUGAUAACGUCUCUAAUCGUCUAAGCGGGGUUUACGCUUCAUUUUGAGGAGUGUUUUUGUGCUGAUCCGAGGCCUUGUCGCAACCCCAGUCGUUUAUAACCGUCCGGGAUUUCAUGUUGAAGUCGCCAGGUUUUGUGUUAAAAUUUAGAGCUUUCGCGUCGGAAGAUGGACACUGACAAAUUCAACUAUGUUUACAGCUGUGACUUGGACAUUAACGUUCAACUUAAGAUAGGCAGUUUAGAAGGAAAGCGAGAGCAGAAGAGCUACAAAGUGCUGCUUGAAGACCCCAUGCUGCGGUUCUCUGGCCUUUACCAGGAUAACUGCUCAGACCUCUACGUUACCUGUCAGGUGUUUGCUGAAGGAAAGCCACUCGCCCUGCCUGUUCGCACCUCAUACAAGGCCUUCAGCACACGCUGGAAACAUUACCCGGAGGACCUGCAUGUGAGAACACAAAUGUCCGAGUCAGUUGGCCCAGGCCUCAAACGGACUUUACCCUGCCAGCUCUUUAGCACAAAGUCUCCACAAUGUCUGACUGGGGGGCUGGGGCUGCCAGUCAAGUACCCAGACCUUCCCCAAAGUGCCCAGGUUGCUCUCACAGUCUGGGACAUUUAUGGCCCCGGGAGAGCCGUCCCUGUGGGAGGCACCACAGUUACUCUGUUUGGCAAAUAUGGUAUGUUCCGGCAAGGGAUGCAUGACUUGAAAGUUUGGCCUGGUGUGGAGGGGGAUGGAGGGGAGCCCACCACCACACCAGGACGCACCAGCAGCAGUCUGGCAGAGGACCAGAUGGGCAGACUGGCCAAGCUGACGAAGGCCCAUCGACAGGGCCACAUGGUGAAGGUGGACUGGCUGGACCGUCUGACCUUCAGAGAGAUCGAAAUGAUCAAUGAGCGCGAGAAACGCAGCUCUAACUUCAUGUACCUCAUGGUGGAGUUCCCCCGAGUCAGAACUAAUGACAAAGAAUACAGCAUAGUCUAUUAUGAAAAGGAUGGAGACGACGCAUCGCCUGUUCUCACUAGUUGUGACAUUGUCAAAGUUCCUGACCCACAGAUGGGGAUGGAGAACCUGGUGGAGAGCAAGCAUCACAAACUGGCUCGUAGCCUCCGCAGUGGGCCCUCAGAUCACGACCUGAAGCCCAAUGCUUCCACACGUGACCAGCUCAAUAUUAUUGUGAGCUAUCCUCCAACCAAGCAGCUGAGCUCUGAAGAGCAGGACCUGGUGUGGAAGUUCAGAUACUACCUCACCACACAGGAGAAGGCAUUGGCGAAAUUCCUCAAGUGUGUGAACUGGGAUCUGCCCCAGGAGGCCAAACAGGCUCUGGAGUUGCUGGGGAAGUGGAGGCCCAUGGAUGUGGAGGACUCCUUGGAGCUGCUGUCCUCUCACUUCACUAACCCAACAGUCAGACGCUAUGCAGUAGCACGUUUGCAGCAGGCAGAUGAUGAGGACCUUCUGAUGUACCUUCUCCAGCUGGUGCAGGCACUUAAAUAUGAGAGCUUCAGUGAUAUUCAGAAAGGCCUGGAACCAUGCAGCAAGAGAGAAAGCCAGGGACUUUCAGAUGACUCUACACUGGACGGUUCUCAGAUCAUUUCUGGCACAUCUGGAUCCUCCACUGCCCCACAGAAAGGCAAGGAGGGAGUCGACAGUGAAAACCUAGAGCCAGACCUGUGUACAUUCCUCAUCUCACGUGCUUGCAAGAAUUCCACACUUGCCAACUACUUAUACUGGUAUGUGAUUGUGGAGUGUGAGGACCAGGACACUCAGCAGAGAGAUCCUAAGACUCACGAAAUGUACAUGAAUGUCAUGAGGAGGUUCAGUCAGGCUUUACUAAAGGGUGAUAAGAGUGUGAGGGUGAUGCGGUCGCUGUUAGCAGCUCAGCAAACAUUUGUAGACAGACUGGUGCAGCUCAUGAAAGCUGUGCAGAGGGAAAGCGGAAACCGCAAGAAGAAGACGGAGCGGCUGCAGGCUCUGCUGGCUGACAACGAGAAAGUGAAUCUGUCAGAGAUCGAACCGAUUCCUCUUCCUCUGGAGCCUCAGAUCAGGAUCAGAGGCAUCAUCCCCGAGACGGCAACACUAUUCAAGAGUGCACUGAUGCCAGCCAAGCUGAUCUUCAAAGCCGAGGACGGAGCCAUGUAUCCAGUUAUCUUCAAACAUGGAGAUGACCUGAGACAGGACCAGCUCAUCCUGCAGAUCAUCUCACUCAUGGACAAACUUCUGAGAAAAGAGAAUUUGGACCUGAAGUUGACACCUUACAAAGUUUUAGCCACCAGCACCAAGCAUGGUUUUAUGCAGUUUGUCCAGUCUGUUCCUGUUGCCGAAGUCCUGGCUACUGAAGGCAACAUCCAGAGCUUUUUCAGGAAGCAUGCUCCAAGUGAAAAAGGGCCCUACGGCAUCAGCUCAGAGGUGAUGGACACCUACGUCAAGAGUUGUGCUGGCUACUGCGUCAUCACCUACAUCCUGGGAGUAGGAGACAGACACCUGGACAACCUGCUACUGACAAAGACUGGGAAGCUCUUCCACAUCGACUUUGGCUACAUCCUGGGCAGAGACCCCAAACCGCUGCCUCCGCCCAUGAAGCUGAGUAAAGAGAUGGUGGAGGGCAUGGGAGGCAUGCAGAGUGAGCAGUACCAGGAGUUCAGGAAGCAGUGCUACACCGCUUUCCUGCACCUCAGGAGGUACGCCAACCUCAUCUUAAAUCUUUUCUCUCUCAUGGUGGAUGCCAAUAUUCCUGACAUCGCUCUGGAGCCUGACAAGACUGUUAAGAAGGUACAAGACAAAUUUCGACUGGACCUGUCUGAUGAGGAGGCCGUCCAUUACAUGCACAGUCUGAUUGAUGAGAGUGUCGGCGCUUUGUUUGCUGCUGUGGUCGAGCAGAUACACAAGUUUGCACAGUAUUGGCGCAGAUGAGCAGACCAGAGAGACGUCUGAGACGUGGAUGACCCGAGUCCAGCCGCUGAUUGUAUGCCGUUGACCCGGCUGUUAUGGGAGCACAUUGCAUUGACCAAAGAAAAACCAUUUGAGGAUCUUUUCUUGUAAUUACGAGAUAAUGAAGGGGUUGGAGCACUGCAGAAUGUGCCUGAAAAUCAUCAGGCUUUAAAGAAUU